AUGAACAGGCGGGAUGAUUAUACGAACGCCGUGCGUUUUGACAAAGAUAUCAAGACAAUUGACAAAAUGCUGCUUCGUAAAGAUCACCCACAACCAAUGUUGAUCUCCAUACUUGGGGAGAGUGGUGUGGGAAAGAGAACACUCGCAAGUAUUAUCUCGGAUAAUAUGAAGGCGAUUAAUCAUUUUGAAAUUCUAGCUGAGACUGCUGGGUACAACAUGCCCACCACAGAAGCUCUCCUUCAAAAAAUCCACUACCAGAUAGCACAUCAAGGGACACGAGGACGUCAGCCAGAUGACGAAGAAGGCAUUGAUAUCACUGUCACUGACAAGAUUCGUCGCCUCCUGGAGAAAAAGAGGUACCUGGUGAUUAUUGGUGACAUAUCCUCCAAAACUAUGCUCAACUGUUUGUGGGCGUGCCUGCCAGAUGACAAUAAUGGCAGCAGGGUGGUGCUCAUAUUGGAUACCGAGAAUGAAGAAGUCGCAUCAUAUGCUAAUGCCAUGAACAAAAAUGGCAUCAACGGAAUCCACCAGUUGAACCGCUUGGAUGAAGAAAGAAGUGGACAGUUGUUCUGUUCGAGGGUCUUGAGGAAACGAGAAUACAAUGAAAAUGAUGAAUACAUGAGCAUAUACGACAGAUUCAUGUUCCGCUGGAGGAAAGAACAGUCCAACGAAGAGGGAAACAUGAGGAAGUACCACAAGAUCGUUUACGAUAUAACAGGGGGUUACCCUCUGGCUAUAGUGGUUCUGGCCGGAUUACUCCGAUUCAAGGAGAAGCCGGGACAGUGGGAAGCACUGCUGCAACAGCUCAAUUCUGCUUCUGCAUCAGGAAUGGAAGAAGCACAGGGCAACCAGAUAACUGGAGCUGGACUGCACAACAAGUGGGAGAUGAGCCCUACAACAGCUAACCUGUCCACAGGAACAACGAUUGAAAGGGUCUUCUGGGCAAGCUUUGAAGACCUUCCCAAUGAUCUCAAGUCAUGCCUCCUCUACUUCGCCGCUUUCCCCAAGAAUAGCGCUCAUUAUGCCGAUGAGUUGGUGCGGAUGUGGAUGGCCGAGGGAUUCAUCAAGCCACAGAAGGGCAAGACUAUGGAGGAGCUCGGUCACAACUACCUCAAGGAACUGGUGGUGAGAUGCCUUGUCCAGAUUGAAGACAUGAAUGAGGUUGGUGGCAUUAAUAAGGUCAUGGUUCACAGAAGCUUCCAUGGGUUCCUGCAUUCAGAGGCUCACGAGGCUGGCUUCAUUGAGGUUCAUGACAAACAUGACAUCUUUGUUCCACCAUCGGUGCGCCGACUCUCUUACCACAGUCUCAACGGCAGAUAUACCACAUUCACCAACAAGUUCCCUAAGCUGCGUUCCUUCUUGUGCCAAGUCAGUGUGUUAGACCAGGACCAGGAUGCCAACAAGGAUUGGUAUGAUCUCAAGUUUCUGCGUGGGUCCAAGUUCCUGCGUGUAAUCUCCAGUAAGGGAUUGAGGCUUGAUAGUUUGCCCGAUGAGAUUGGUGACCUGGUCCACUUGCGGUACCUGCGUGUUCAAUGCCUGGACCUGCAGGAGCUCCCAUCAAGCAUUAAGAGACUGCUCAAUCUGCAGACACUGGACUUAAGGGGUACUCAAGUCAACAAGAUUGACGCAUGCUUCUGGAAGAUUAAGACGCUGCGACAUGUGUUUGCAGACAAGCUCAUGCUUCCAGCGUCCAUCACAGAAGAACUGAACGAGCUGCAGACGCUACAUGGUGUAAAGCCUGACAACGAAGGAGAAUGGAAUCAACAUAAUUGCCCACUGCUUAAGAUGACCAAACUCCGGUCAUUGAACCUGUGUGGGUUCAAGCAUGACAAGCAUGGGGCUGCACUGGAGGGUGCCCUCACAAAGAUGCAUCUCCUUGGCCGCUUGAAGCUGCAAGGUGAUGUGAUUCCUUCAUGCGUCUUCACUGCACACAGCCUACGAUACCUUCAGAUGCUAGUCCUUAGUGGCACUAUCAAAUGGGCUGAGGUUGCAUCAGAUGUUCGCAAGGUCCGACCGAACCUCGUUCAGCUCAUAGUGUUCAAGAGUAGGAGUGAGGAGGUGCCCCAUCACAUCAAGGACCAACUGCAGGAGAUGCUAGAGGUAAUCGAUGAAUAGAACUGGAUUAUGCCUUCUCAUCUCAUCUACAAACUCAUGUUGCCAGUUCAAUAAAUUGGUUUGGUGCCUUACAAACAAGAAGAAAGUUGCGGUAGAGCUGAAUGGUACACUACAUAAGGUGAAGGAAAAUGUG